UUGGCGCCUUGUGGAAAAAGAGAACAAUUUUGUGUUUCGAUUCUGACACAAAAAAAAUACAGCUAUUCUGCACUGCAGUUGGGACUUUUUGUGCUAAUGUGCACACGAGAAGAGAAACGACGGACGGUGCUACAGACUGUCGGGGUAUCUGUCCAUAGUUUCGUCUCAGUAUCUAUUUCCGCUCGACAUAGGUGUUCUUCCUGGUUGUAGAUCUGGAUAGCAACAUAUCGGCCACGAGCGUGUUCCGAUAAAAUGCUCGCGAUGAAGCUAAACAACGCUUGACCGUCCGAUCGCGCAACCUCUAUGCAGGCGCUCGCUUUGUGCGUUUUAAAGCGUCUCAUUUUGCUCGCUAGGAUUCAUGCAAUGCGAUUUUCAUUUUGAUCCAGUCCAAAAUGCCCGAGUCCUGUGCUGCAGCAAACUGCAAGCAGAGUACGGACCAGUCCAACGUUUUCUUCUUCAGGUUCCCGUUGGAUACGGUUCGAUGCCAGCAAUGGGUCAGCAACAGCAGCAGACCAGAUCUGGCGACCAAAACACCCGAAUAUUUACACAAGAACUUCAUGUUAUGCUCAAAACAUUUUGACAAGUCUAUGAUAUGUCAAAAGAGCGCUGUUAAGGCUGUUCUCAAGGACAAUGCAGUUCCUACUAUAUUUGACUUUGGAACCAACCAGGACAAAGCAGAAAAUAGCAGCAGAAAAAGAACAAGAGAGAAAUCAGCAGAUGAGCCUGUUGUCACAAAGAAACCUAAAGGUACCACAGAAAUCUCGCAACCCUCUGUGAUAGAGGCAGAAGCUCCGAAUGACCCAGGUGAGAACAGCGAAACACAAAAUCUUCCUGCACCUGAUGAAUCCGAGGAAGAGGAUCCUGCUGUGUCCAAAGUCAAGGAGACUUUGAAAGACUACUUCAAGGAGACUUUAGCCUUCACCGGUUUCAGCAUCGGCAACAAUGCAAUUCCCAACUCUGCCAAACCACUGGGAAGUGACCCGACUGGUCCGCUCCCUGUCAAUACCAUAUGUGCAGAGAAAAUUGAUCGAAAAGAAGUGCUCUCUUUAGGAGAAGAUGUUAUGCACGAGGAGAUCGGCAACAGUUUGCGCCUUGCACGAUUUUUCUCUAUUCUUCUUCAAGACAAAAUAAACAUCGAAGGCAAGGACCAGAUCCCUUUGUUUAUUCGCUAUGUCACAAGUGCAGGCUACCCACAGAAGCACCUUAUGGGAUUCCUCCCAUGUGACGUUGACUCUGACACUUUGUUUAAUAUGCUGAUAUCCGAGAUCUGCAACAAGUGGAGUCUGCGGAUGGAGCACUGCCGUGGAUUCACUUUCCUGUCAUCAGGUACCGUAUGUCAGAAGUUGAAAGAGCUCACCUGCAGGAUGUUGCGGGAUUAUCCACAAGUAGUGUUAGCCCCCAGUGAACCCUAUGCCUUCAACAUGUGGUUGAUUCGCUCCAUGCCUAUCCUUUCCAUUCAAGAUGUUGUUGAUACUGUGGAACAGGUUGCUACUGUGAUUAGAGAGUCUGAAACUCUGGCGAGGAAACUGGAGGUCAAGAUUACGUCUUCAUACGGCCACAUCAAAGGUGAAGUGGACCGAGUCAAGGAAUCCUGCCAAAACCAUUGGGAAUACUCCACUGAUGCUUUUCAGACAAUGCUUGAUAUCUUGGAGCCACUUUUGAACAGCAUUGCAGAGAUGUGCACCAGCUCUCUUUCGAAUGUGGAUGCAGACACUGUUGAAGUGCUCCUAAAGCUGAAAGACAGGCUGAAGAAUUUUGAUUUCAUUGUUACUCUUGUGGUCUUGAAGAACACACUGUGUUGUGUAAGCAUCCUGAACCCCAGUCUCAGGGGAAUUAUCAGUAUCAGCAGCACCUUACAAUACACCAUCUCCAACGCCUUAAAGCUUCUCAACAAAUAUAUGCAGGAGAUCGCCAUUUUUCAUAGAAAGUGGUUCUCUGAUGCAUUGGGCAGGGCCAAGAAGUUAUCUGUGCCAGUUAGUAUUCCAGCGGAGUUGGCGACCAAUGGUGAAGGUGAGGAGAAACCCCAGAUUUCAUUGGAGGAUUACUAUAGGGAAUCACUUAGCAAGAAAGUCUUGCAAUACCUUUUGGAUGAAGUCAAAAGAGUUCUUGGCAUCGAGAUGGUGAGAAUCCUCAGAUGGCUGUCAUUGGUGCCGUCAUAUAUGGCUGACCAUAAUUUUAGCAUCCGCAAAGACAAAGUUGCUGAUGCUAACCUGAACAACUUGGCUCGCCCUGACUCCUUUUACGAUGAGCUUGGCUGUUGGGAGGUGAAAUGGAGACAUGCUAGCAAGCGAAGGAUCCUUCCCACCAAUGUUUUUGCUACCCUGAAGAUCCCAGAUAUAGGCUUUUAUCCAAAUAUACAGAGCCUUUUGAGAGUGCUGGGUACCAUCCCCUGCGUCACUGCAGAACCAGACGUUUACGGACAGUAUGAGAUGGUGUUGAACAGGUAUCACUCCUACAUGAAAGAAGUGCCUGUAGAUAAGAGACUGUGUAAUAUGGCCUUUGUUUAUGUCAAUCAAGAUGUUCACUUCAGCAUUGAAGAAAUGGUGGAGGCGUAUAUUACGAAACAUCCAGAAAUCCUACAGCUGUUGAAAGAGGAUGAUGUCAUGGAAGUGCAGCCAUCAGUACCAGACACCAGUGCAAAUGAUGCCUCGAAAGAAGACAUGGAAGAAUCAAGAGAGAUGACUUUAAAUAUGGAAGUUGAGAGGCAGAAACCACCAGAGUGUGCAGAAACUGAUAAAGAAGCAUUAAAAUCUGCUCUUCGGGCUGCUGUCACUGCAGCAUGUAACAGACAAGGCAAACACACUCAGGGUGAUCAAGAGGUGGAAUACGUGACCAAGUCUGAAAUGAACGAAGUCCUCAAAGUGUGUGAAAAUGUGGUCCGAGAUAGAAUUCUGGCAGAGGUCAGAUGUUCGUUCUUCUCCCUAUUCAUUGACCGAGUUGUCAGAUUUGGAGAAACAGACUACUUACCCAUGUUCCUCAGAUUUGUUGACAGUUUUGAUGUCAUGCGGCUUGAGCUUUUGGGGUUUGUUGAGGUCAGCUAUGAUACCGACACCAUGUGUGAACGACUGCUUGAUGCUGUCACAAAAGAGUGGCGUCUGGAUUUGAGCUACUGCAGAGGUCAGGCUUACCUUGGCAAUGGUGAAGUGUCCUACAAGCUCAAAGCCUUUGCAUGUAAAGUACAGGAGAAGCAGCCUCUUGCUAUAUGCACGCACUUCUCAUGUUACUCCUUCAAUACUUGGUGGUCAAGGUCAGUUCCCGUAGCUGCAGUCAUCAGAGCCAUAGACACGUUAGAAGAGAUCGUGUCAUUUUUCCGCAGCGAUCCUUUCUUUGAGAAACAAUUGGAUCAAGUCUUAGCCAUAGGCCUUAGAGAGAGCUAUGAGAAAAUUCAUGAGCUUCAAGGAAACUUCUGCUCCUCUUGGCUUGAGAAGCAUGACUCUUACGAAGUCUUUGCUCAGAUUUUGGAGCCUUUGGCAAUGUGUCUAGAAAAUAUUGAUGACUGCAAACCGCAAGGAUGGACUUUAGCGGUUUCCAACCAAGCCAAAAGACUGCUUCAGUUGAUUCGGGACUUUGAUUUCAUUGUGGCAAUUGUCGCAUUAAAGAAUGCAUCAUCUUUCACCAGAGAACUCAGUGCGGCUUUGCAGAAAGACCAUUUCAGUGCUGCCUCGCAGCUGUGUCAGAUUAGUGGUAUUGUGGCCACGCUGAACCGAGUGAAGACCAACAUCAAGGUUUUUCAUCAAAACUGGUUUGAUGAAGCGUGCACCUUUGCUCAAAAUCUGGGUGUGCAGGUUAAAGUGCCUGAUAGUGUGGUUGUCCCAAGGGACAGUCUGCUGAAACCAGGUACAUACUACAAAGACACGAUGAGUGUCCCUUUGGUUGAUCACCUUAUAAACAUGGUGAAGGAUUAUUUCUCUGAUGACCACAAGGAGGCUCUCAACUUUUUGUCUUUGGUUCCAUGCUCUGUUACAAUGAGCUAUGUUUUUGAAACACUCAAGUCAAAACCUCCAUUGUAUAUCGGUGACCUUCCCGACCCUGACAACUUCUUCACAGAGCUCAGCUGCUGGAAAGUUAAGUGGAAGACCAAAGUGGUCAAUAUAACCAUACCAGAAACCAUUUUCCAGACUUUGCGCCUACCACUAAUGCAGUACUUUGCGAACAUCAAUACGUUGCUGAAAAUCCUGUGCGUGUUGCCGAGCACAGCUCUGGAAUAUUGUGGUGAGGUGAAGCGGCAUAAAAUGUAUCAAGACUAUGUGAACAAUACCUCUCCAAAGGACAGAUCGCCCUGUUUAGCAAUGCUUCAGGUGGGAACUGACUUUAACAGAGACCUUGACAAAAUGGUUACUCAGUGCUUAAAGGUCACACCUAAGACUCUGGAGGGUAUAUGCCUGGACAAAGAAUCCAAAACUUUAGGAAGGGCUACGGAGAUAAAAACAGAGGAUGACAACCAUAUGGAAGAAGUUGAAAACCGGGAAACUAAUCAGGAUGACUCUAGAACACAAGUGAUGAAUUCAGAAACACAAGUGAUGAAUUCAGAAACACAAGUGAUGAAUUCAGAAACACAAGUGAUGAAUUCAGAAACACAAGUGAUGAAUUCAGAAACACAAGUGAUGAAUUCAGAGACAACAAACAAAGAAGCAGACAUUCCUGAAGAAGCAGAAAGCGUAAUCACUCAGGAUCAGUCAGAAAAUAUCUCUGAAGCAGUAGCUGUGGAACAACCUGCAAUAACCGAAGAACAGGAGAGAAAUAUGGAUAAGAAUGGCCAUUCUGAAGAACCAGUGGACAACAUACCGAACUGUGAAAAAGUGUUUAAACAGGCAGCCGUACUUGCAAGGAGAAACUGCUCGUUUAACGACCUCAGUAAAUGGGAGCAAGAUUCUAUUCUUCAGGACCUUGCUUCAUGUCAUUGGGCACUGGAAGAGAGGAUGUCAUUUUCAGAGGGAGAAAUGCUGCAAUGCAUCGUAAAGGCCAUAAGAGAACAAAUCCUCAGUGAAGUUCAGGAUUCUCCUUUCUUUUCCAUCAUCACUGACAGAGCUAUCUCAGUGGAUGAGGCAAAGUUCCUUCCAGUGUUUAUUCGGUAUGUAAAUGACUGCAUUCCUAAAGUGGAGCUCAUAGGGUUUCUUCCCUUUGACGAGAGCUCUGAUGUCAAUUUGCAAGCUAAGGCACUUGCAUCCACUCUUGAGGCUGAUUGGGGACUUCAAAUGGGCUACUGUCGUGGACAGUCCAUCAUGUGCAUUGGUACAAAAAGCCAAAGUCUCAGAAAGAUGGCCUUGGGAUUUUUAGAGAGCUAUCCAUUAGCUGUGAACACACCCAGUGAAUCUUGUGGACUUGCCUAUUGGCUGGCUUUAAGCUUACAAAAUUCCUCUAUUACGAAGGUUCUGGAGAUUGCUGAGGAUCUGUUACAGUUUUUUGACCAGUCACCAAAGUUAGAGAAUGAACUUGCAAAGACUAUGGAUGGACUUUUAAAUACUCCACGGGAAGCGCUUGCAGAGAUCCCAGAGACUUGCUUGUCCAGAUGGAAAAAGAGAGAGGACUUCUUUGAUAUUCUGGUAGACAUGCUGGAAGGAGCCCUCAACUGCUUGGAUUCUGUGAGCUUCAAUCAAAGUGGGUCAUGGAGUAGUAGCAUGAUACAGCAUUCUCAGGCCCUGUCCACAGCAAUCAGACAGGUUGAUUUUGUCAUCCCUCUUGUGAUUUUGAAGAACGCCUGUGCUCCCUUGAGGAACUGUAGCACUGUUUUUCGCUGUGGAAACCCCGCUGACAUUGUUUGCGAGCUCGAGAAGAUUUUGCCAAUAAUAGAUACUCUGGGCAAGAUGUUGGAAAAUGUGAGUGUGGUGCAUUCUACUUGGUUUGAGGAGGGAGUGGAACUUGCUGUUAAGGUUGCAGGAUUGCUGUCAUAUUCAGAAUCUGUCAGUAGUCAUGAUUCACCAGAGGCAUUCUACAUGGCAACUGUUAGCCUACCCAUUCUAAAUGGUUUGAUUGAAGAAAUGAAGUUUAACUUCUCUGAAAAUCACCUGAAAGCACUUAAGGUGUUGUGUCUGUUGCCAACCUGUAAUCCUCUGCCCAUCCUCCCUGAAUCCAAUGAUAAACUGUACACAAUCUACCUGAGUGAUCUGCCUGAACCAGAAACAGCUGAGGAAGACAUCAACAACUGGGCCACAGUAUGGAGGGAAAAGUACCAAGAUGUUUCUCCUCCGACUUCCAUCUCCGAGACAUUGCUCCACAGCGAAGCCAAACAACUUCCAAACAUUGCAACCCUUCUUAAGCUUGUGGCUGUCUUGCCUAGCAUUAGCAUGGAGUGUGAUCUUAUGAAAACAACUCUAAAUUCCUUGAGAACUUUGAUCAGAGAUGGUAUCUUUAGCAGGGGUAGCAAGACUGAUUCAGUCAUGCUGCUUAUGCAUCGUCAAACACUGCAGAGUCUGGAAGAGGUAAUUGAGAAAUGCAUGGAGGGUGAUCUGGAGACUCAUCAGUUUCUUGUCCAGGUAAAAGCAAGAAUCAAUCACUUGAGAAUGGAAAGUGAAGUGAUUGCCAUGGCUCCACAGGAGAUAACUGCAAAUAAUUCUAGUUAUCCACAAGGGGAAAAGGAUGCUGAAAAUGAAACGAACGCUGCUGCUGCUCCAGAUGAAAAUGCAAUGGAAACUAAUGGGUCUACGGAGAUUCAUGAGGCGGAAGAAACACUCAUAAGUACACCUGACCCACAUUCAUCUUCAACUGUCGACAGCUCUGACAAACCCACAGCUGUAACUCGCGUCAUCACUGAUGGCAGACCUUUGCUGAUCAGCACACCUGAGCAACCAACAGAAUCUGUCCAAGAUGCCACUAUAAAAUCCACAGCAUUAGGUCAAGAUAACACUGAUAAACUGAUUUUGACUGGCCAAGAUGUAAAUGACAAGUCCAAAAUACUUGAUCAGUGUGAAACUGGUUUGUUAGUUACAGGGUAUCAGAAUGCAGCUAAUCAGUUGAUGGUGGUAGAGCAAGACAGAACUGAGCAGUCUACAGUAGAACAGCAAGUUAGUGGUGAGUUAGUAUCAGUCGAUGAAAGUGAAGCUAUGGAAGUUGAUCAGAGUGAAAACAAUCAGUUUGUAGCUGCAGAUGAAAGUAGUACAGAGCAGUCAGCAAGCUUGCUAAAUGAUCCUAAUCAGAUGAUGGCAGUAGACCACAUUGAACCUGAUUCCUCUGUAGUGGAAAGUCAAGAUGAAAGUAGUCACACAGUAACAAGGUUAGCAGAAUAUGAACAAACAGGACAGUUGGUUUUAGUGGGUCAAAGUGAAUCUGUUAAUCCAAUGCCAGUUGAUCACAGUGUAAAUGAUGAUUUGGCAUCAGAGAAUCAAAGAGAGACCAAUCAAGUAAUGGAAAUUGAUAGAAGUGAAAAUGAUCAGUCUGUAACUGCAGAUCAAGGUGGAAUUGGCCAGUCAGAAACAGGAGAACAAGGUGUAGCAGAGAAGCUCGCUGUUUGUCAAGUUGAAACUGAUCAGGGUGGAAUUGGCCAGUCAGAAACAGGAGAACAAGGUGUAGCAGAGCAGCUCGCUGUUUGUCAAGUUGAAACUGAUCAGGGUGGAAUUGGCCAGUCAGAAACAGGAGAACAAGGUGUAGCAGAGCAGCUCGCUGUUUGUCAAGUUGAAACUGAUCAGUCUACAGUGGAACAUCAGAAUGAAGCUUGUCAGAUAAUAACACAGUCAGGAGAUGAAAGUGGAAUUGUUAAUUUAAUAUCAGAGGCUCAAAUUGGAUCUGGUCAACUUGUAGAUUUGGAUGGUUCUGGAACAGAUCAGAAUGUAACACAUGUAGCAUCUCAGGACACUACUGAUAACGUCAUUGCAAUUGGUCAAAUUGAAACUGACCAUUCUCUAGGUGAGGGUCAAAGUGAAGCUGGUCAUACAGAAGCAGGGUUAACAAAUGAAUCUGAAACUGGUCAGUUAGUGCCAGAGGAUCAAACUGGGCCUGGUCAGGUCACCGUAGUUGGCUAUGGAAUUGAUCAGUGUGUAACAGCAGAUCAAAGUAUAACUAAUCAGUUAGUGCAAGUUGUUCAGGUUGAAGGUGAUCAUUCUCUAGUAGAGACUCAAAGUCAAGUUUGUCAGGCAGAGGCAGGGUUAGCAAAUGAGGUUGGAACUGUUCAGUGUGUAUCGGAGGAUCAAUGUGUAUCUGAUCAGAUUGUGGUAGAUGACUAUGAAAUGGAUCAAUCUUUAACAGCAGAUCAGAGUGUAGCUCAAACAUUAUUGGCAUUUGGUCAUGUUGCAACUGCUCAUUGUGUAGUUGAGAGUGAUGUUGGUCAGGCUGAAGAAGGGGUAGCAAAUGAAGUUGUAGCUGUUCAGGUGGUAUCAGAGAAUCAAAGUGUAUCUGAUCAGCCUAUGAGAGUUGACAAUGGAGUUGAACACUGUGUAUCAGCAGAUCAAGGUGUAACUGAUCAGUUAGUGGCAGUUAGUCAAGUGGAAACUGAUAAUUUUGUAGUCGAGAGUCAAAGUGAUGCUGGUAAGACAGAAGCAGGGUCAGCAAAUGAAGUUGUAACUGGUGAGGUGGUAUCAGGAGAUCAAAGUGGAUCUGAUCAGGUCAUGGUAGUUGACUAUGAAAUGGAUCAGUCUGUAACAGCAGAUUAUAUUGCAGCUCAUCAGUUAGUGGUACUUGCGCAAGUUGAAACCGAUCAUUCUGUUGUCGAAAGUCAAUAUGAGGCAGGUCAGAUAGAAGCAGGGGUGCCAAAAAUAGUUGGAACUGGUCAGGUGGGAUUGGAGGAUCAAAUUGUAUCUGAUCAGCCUAUAGUAGUUGACCAAAGAAUUGAUAACUUUGUGACAGCAGAUCAAGGUGAAACUGACCAGUUAGUGGCAGUUGGCCAAGUUGAGACUGAUCAUUCUGUAGUCGAGAGUCAAUGUGAGGCUGUUCAGACAGAAGCAGAGUCGGUUAAUAAAAUUCUGACUGAUCAGGUGGUAUCAGAAGAUCAAAGUGGGUCUGAUGAGGUCAUGGUUGUUGACUAUAAAAUGGAUCAGUCUGUAACAGCAGACUAUAUUGCAGCUCAUCAGUUAUUAGCAGUUGCUCAAGUUGAAACCGAUCAUUCUGUAGUAGAGGGUCAAACUGAUGCUGGUCAAACAGAAGCAGGGGUAGCAAAUGAAGUUGCAACUGGUAAGGUGGUAUCAGAGGAUCAAAAUGUAUCUGAUCAGUCUAUGAUAGUUGACAAUGAAAUUGAUCAGUCUGUAACAGCAGUUCAUGGUGUUGCUCAUCAGUUAGUGUCAGUUGAUCAAGUUGAAACUGAUCAUUCUGUAGUAGAGGGUAAAAGUGAUGCUGGUCAAACAGAAACAAGGGAAGCAAAUGAAAUUGCAACUGGUGUGGUGGUUUCAGAGGUUCAAAAUGUAUCUGAUCAGUCUAUGGUAGUUGACUAUAAAAUGGAUCAGUCUGUAACAGCAGAUUAUAUUGCAGCUCAUCAGUUAUUAGCAGUUGCUCAAGUUGAAACCGAUCAUUCUGUAGUAGAGGGUAAAAGUGAUGCUGGUCAAACAGAAACAAGGGAAGCAAAUGAAAUUGCAACUGGUGUGGUGGUUUCAGAGGUUCAAAAUGUAUCUGAUCAGUCUAUGGUAGUUGACUAUAAAAUGGAUCAGUCUGUAACAGCAGAUUAUAUUGCAGCUCAUCAGUUAUUAGCAGUUGCUCAAGUUGAAACCGAUCAUUCUGUAGUAGAGGGUCAAAGUGAUGCUGGUCAAACAGAAGCAAGGGUAACAAAUGAAGUUGCAACUGGUAAGGUGGUAUCAGUGGAUCAAAAUGUAUCUGAACAGUCUAUGGUAGUUGACAAUGAAAUUGAUCAGUCUGUAACAGCCAAUCAUGGUGUUGCUCAUCAGUUAGUGGCAGUUGAUCAAGUUGAAACUGAUCAUUCUGUAGUAGAGGGUCAAAGUGAUGCUGGUCAAACAGAAACAAGGGUAGCAAAUGAAGUUGCAACUGGUGAGGUGUAUUCAGAGGAUCAAAAUGUAUCUGAUCAGUCUAUGGUAGUUGACAAUGAAAUUGAUCAGUCUGUAACAGCAGAUCACAGUGUUGCUCAUCUGUUAGUGGCAGUUGCUCAAGUUGAAACUUAUAAUUCUGUAGUAGAGAGUCAAAGUGAGGUUGGUCCAACUGAAGCAGGGUUAGCAAAUGAUGUUGGAACAGGUCAAGCAGUAUCAGAAGAUCAAAAUGGAUCUGACCAUCUCAUGUUAGUUGACUCUGAAAAUUAUCAGCCUGAGAGAGCAGGUGGAAGUGGUCAUUCAGUAACAGGAGAUCAAAGUGUUCCUGAUCAGUUUGUGGUCAUUAGUCAAAUUGAAAGUGAUCAGUCUAUAGCAGAUGGUCAAAAUGAUGCUGGUGUGACUGAGACUGGAAUACCAAACGAAGCUAGAACUGGUCAGUUAAUAUUAGGGGAUCAGCUUAUGAUAGUUGACUCUGGAAAUGAUCAGUCUAUGACAGCAGAUCAAGAUGAGACUGGCCAAUUGGUAACAGAUCAAAGUGUAACUGAUCAGUAUGUGGCAGAAGAUCAAGUUGCAACUCCACCUAUAGUUGAAGGUCAAGGUGAAGUAGAUUAUUCAUUAACAGGGUUAGUAGAUGAAGGUAGUACUAGUCAGAUAGUAUCAGAAGAUCAGAGUGGAGCUGAUCAGCUUAUGGCCGAUGAACAGUCUGUAGUACAAACUCAAGAUGAAAUUAGUCUUUCAGGUACAUUAAAUCAAAGUGUACCUGACCAAUUUGUGGCACUUAGUCAAAACGGAACUGAUCAGAUAGUACCAGGGAAUUCCGGAAGUGAAUUUGAUCAUUCCCAAGCAGAUCAGGUUGGCUCCAUCCAGUCUAAAGUAUCUGUGGAAGGAACAGAUCAGCUCAUUUUAACAGCCCCAGGAGGCUCUGACCAAGAAACUGCAGACGUACAUGCUCACUCUGAUCAGCCCACUGCAAUCAGUGUUACUGACCAUUCCAUGGCUGAUUCACCUGAGGAUAUUACUGAUCGUAUCACAGCAGCACAAUUCGAAGACACAGAUCAGUCUACAGCAAAGGCUCAGGACAGCACAGACAAAGUAGUUUCCCUGGAUGACACAGGACCUGACAAAAAGGUUCUUACCCUUUAUGAUACUUCUGCUCGAGAGAAAUUGCUUAAUGAACUUUGUGACAUAAAGUACUUUACCAUAGUUGCUGGACUAGAGUUACAAAUUGAUGGCCAACCAUACAUCCCUGUAGGAAUACACUACCUUGACAAACAAGAUGUUCAGUGUGAAAAUAUCUUAGCCUUUAUACCCCUUUCUACAAAUAUCACUUUAUUUGUGGAUACCCUGACCAUUUCCCUCUCACAGAAGUGGGGUUUAAACUUGGGAUUCUGCAGAGGUCAGACCUUGGGAAGACCAGGUGCCUCAGUCUCUCAAAUGAGACAAGCUUCUACUUUGCUUUCCCAGAGACUUCCUCUUGCCCUUGGUUUCCCAAGCCCAGUAACCCUCCAAUCUUUGUUAACCAGUUUGUCCUCUCUAAAAGAUAUAAGACACAGUUUUGAGUGCUUUGAACAGCUGUUAAGGUGGUUCUCUGAGGAUGAUCAGCGACAAGUAAGGCUAUAUGAUGCUGUUGUUCGUGUAUUCCAGAAGGAUGAAAACAAGGCCAAUGAGCUAAAAACCAAGCUUGGCAGCAGCCAAUGGGCGAUAAACCAUGACAUUCUGGAACUUACUACAGACAUUCUAGAGGCCAUAUUUUGUUGUUUAAAUGAGAUGAAAGAAAACCAUGACACUGAGGCAAAUAUAGCAAUGGCUCAGAGCUUUCUUUCUGCCAUCCAGAGCUUUGAUUUUAUUUUGACAGUUGUGAUUAUGAGAAACAUCCUGAGCCUCACCAAAAACCUAAGCCUUCAGGGAAAUUCCUAUGAUGUGUAUCAAGCUGUAAGCAGCCUGUCUGAUGUUCUGUCCUCUCUCAGUGAAAUAAAGAACUGUAUUGACUCUCACCAUCAAUCCUGGUUUCAAGAGGCAGUUGCAUUAGCUUCUAGGCUGCAGCUCACAGUACAGCAUCCUUCACUACAACCACCCUUAAAUGUGCACUACAGAGAUGACAUCAGUAAAGGGACUGUUGAGUACUGUAUUGCAGAAAUGGAAGGGCUCUCCCAGGAUGUUCUGUCUGCUCUUCGCUGCUUGCAGGUUGUGCCUUAUGUCAUGUCCAAAGUGGAGGGAUGUUGCAAGGAUGUUGAGUUUGUCAAAGUGUUCCAGAAUGACCUGCCUGACCCAAACUCCCUCGAGGAUGAGCUGCAACGGUGGAGGGAUAGAUGGCAACACUUAUUUGUGGCUCACCAGCACCUACCUGACACUGUUUUUGACACUCUCAAGACCUCUGACAUCCAGUCUUUUCCCAACAUUCAAACUAUUCUUAGGGUUUUGGCAGCUCUGCCUUGGUCCAGCAUGCAGAGUAGCUUUACAGAGGGAAAAAUAAGUUCUGAGCUGUAUCCUUUGUAGACAACUGGCCUUAGCUGAGCCCAAACAAGCUCUCCUAUUAGGAUGUCUCAUACUGCUGAAUGGCCCACAUCAUUCUAAACUGUAGAUCACAUCAGACUGUAGGUUUCAGUAUGCUUUUUUACUAGAUAAAUGAAUUAGACCUGUACACUUUAAGUAUAAUCAUGUCAUUGUUUUAUUGAUGUUUUGCUUUCUUCAUUUUACAUUUAAGUGGUAUGGAAAGAGGACUGUCAAUUGGGACCAAUGUCUUGCCAAAAAAAAAAAAAAAAUUCAAAGCCCUGGGGGGGCCUUACUGCUUUGUGCCUUUAUGCAAAAACCCAACAUAAUUCUUCAAAUCAUCAGACAUGGAAAGCCUAGAUGUUUUCAUAACAGACUUUGGAAACCUCCUAAUAUCUUCAGGAACCUUUAAAGGACUUUAAUUCUUGUAAAUCCUUUGAGUUGAUCUGAGAACCGUGUUUUAUCACACUGAAUCAUGAUGGUUAUGUUUUAUCGUCGAAGUGUCAUCCCAUAGCACAAACUAAACUGGUCUUUCCCUGUAUUAUUAUGCGUGUUACAAUGGUUAAUUUGUUUGCAGUUUUAUUUAGAUAAAUAGAUUUUUCUGUAAACAUUUCUCCCAAAAGCCCUCCUCCUGAAGGAUGUAUACAUAUAUAUUUGACUAAAAUAAACAAAAUGAUUAAAAA